UUGUGAUAUUAAGAACUACGAUUUAAGUCAGGUUUAAAAAGCUUAACUUAUCUUUCUUUUUACCACGAAAGCACCACGGGUGGAAAAUGUGCAAAAUUCAUCCAUGGCUGUCAGCAACAUUCGGGUGGCUAAAAUAAAUCGAAAUCAACAUGGUUUGCGUGGCAAUUUAACGUUACUUAAGGAUAUUGGAAAUAAUUAUUUGCUUUUUACAGAAAUUUAUCAUAGUUCCUUGGGAAACAAUCAGUUUAUCAGAACGCCGUACAAGCUACCAAUACUUGGCAUAUGUGACUUUAAUAGCUACAUGAUAAACGAGUAUCGUGAUUACUUGGAAGACGUUAUAGAAAACUUACCCCUAGGCAAUGAAUGUCCCAUCGGGGCAAGAGCGCUUGUUGUAAAGGACGUAGUAUUUGACUCGAAUGCUUGGCCACAACAAGGACGUCCAGGACUGUGGAAGGUGGAGCUGAAGAUAGUUGAAGCAUUGACUAGCACAAACAUAUUGGAAUUACACUUUUACAUCAACGUGUAUGACUACUGAAGGAAAGUGGGUAAACAACAAACGUAUAGGGUAGCAUAAGGGCAUCCGUGUAUCGUUUGCACAUAUCUUUCACCAGAACUUAUU